CUACCAAAUCUACCACCACCUCUAAGCCUGCUGCCUUCACGACCAGUACUACCCUUACUUCUAAGCCUACCACCUCUGCCACCACAUCUACCACCAUUUCUAAGCUGGCUACAUCCACCAUCAAAUCUACCACUACCUCUAAGCCUGCUACCUCCACCACCAAAGCCUACCACUUCCACCACCAAAUCUACCACCACCUCUAAACCUGCUACUUCCACCACCAAAUCUACCACCACCUCUAAACCUACUACCUCCACUACCAAAUCUACCACCACUUCUAAACCUGUUACCCCUACCACCAAAUCUACCAUGGCUUUGAAGCCUGCCAUCUCUACCACCAACUCUACCACCAUCUCUAAACCUGUUGCCUCCAUCACCAAAUCUACCACCACCUCUAAGACUGCUACCUUCAUCACCAAAUCUACCACCACAUCAAAGCCUGCUACCUUCAUCACCAAAUCUACCACCACCUCUAAGCCUGCUACAUCCACCACCAAAUCUGCAACCACCACUAAGCCAGCUACAUUCAGCACCAUAUCUACCACCACUUCUAAACCUCCUACCUCUACCAACAAAUCUACCACCACUUCUAAGCCUGCUAUCUCCGCCACCAAAUCUACCACCAAUUUUAAGCCUACUACACCUGCCACCAAAUCUACCACCAUUUCUAAGCCUACUUACUACCUUUAUUGCCAAAUCUACCACCACCUCUAA